UUUUUUUUGGAUGGGGAAUUGUUUGUCGGAUGUUAAAGGUGGGAAGCAGGCCGUAGGAGGAGUGGGGCACCGUAUGGACCCAGCAGCCGCCGGUGGUGCUGGUGGAGGGCCCAAUGAUGCUGUUGACUUGUUCUAUACGACAAAGGGUCUUCACGCCCUUUACACGCCAAUCGAGUUAUCAUUAUCAGCUUCAAAGCUACGGGACCGUGAUAUAGUUUCUAAGAGUGAUCCAAUGGCAGUGGUAUCUAUCAGAAAAAGAGAUGGCACACUGGAAGAGCUUGGUCGAACAGAAGUUAUAAUGAAUAACUUGGAUCCUUUAUGGAUACAGAAAAUUAAUAUCAUGUACCAGUUUGAAACUGUGCAGACACUGAUUUUCCAUGUCUAUGAUGUAGACACAAAAUAUCAUAACAUACCAGUUAGGGAUCUUAAAUUGAAGGACCAAGAUUUCCUUGGUGAAGGCAGCUGUGUUCUUUCAGAGAUGGUAACCAAGCGCAAACGAAGUUUAACACUGGAUUUGCACAACAGGAAUGACCAUGGCCUGAAAAACUUAGGGAAACUUACUGUUCUUGCAGAAGAAACAGUCACUUCAAGAACUGCUGUAGAGAUGACAUUGCGAUGUACCAACCUGGAAAACAAGGAUUUAUUCUCGAAAAGUGAUCCUUUCUUGAGAAUAUCUAGGAUUGUUGAAACUGGAGGUUCUGUUCCAAUUUGCAAGACAGAGGUCGUAGAUAAUAACUUGAACACCAUAUGGAGGCCUGUCUGUCUAACUAUGCAACAAUUUGUGAAUAAGGAUAAUCCAUUAGUUAUAGAGUGCUUUGACUUUAACAACAGUGGCAAUCAUGUCCUCAUCGGGAAAUUACAAAAAACAGUGGCAGACCUUGAAAUUUUGCACAAGAGCAGAGUUGGUGCAAAUUUCACUUCACCACCUUCUGGUUUUCGGGGUAAUGAAAAGGUCCUGAAAGGUCAACUUUUUGUUGAAGGAUAUGCUGAGAAGCAGCUCUAUAGUUUUCUUGACUACAUCUCUAAUGGAUUUGAGCUUAGCUUUAUGGUUGCUGUGGAUUUUACUGCUUCUAAUGGAGAUCCUCGCAGUCCUGAUUCCUUGCACUAUAUUGAUCCUUCUGGCCGUUUGAAUGCUUACCAGAGGGCUAUUAUGGAGGUUGGAGAUGUCAUACAAUUCUAUGAUUCUGAUAAGCACUUUCCUGCUUGGGGAUUUGGUGCCAGGGCAUAUAGUGGAACAGUAUCUCACUGUUUUAACUUAGCUGGAAGCCCAGGUGCUGUUGAGGUGGAAGGUGUCGCAGGCAUUAUGUCUGCUUAUGCUAGUGCUUUGCAGAAUUUUACUCUUUCUGGACCCACAUUAUUUGGGCAUGUAGUUAACAAGGCUGCAGAAAUUGCUGUCGAGUCCCUCAAAUACAACCAGCGCAAAUAUUUUGUCCUCCUCAUUAUAACGGAUGGUGUCAUUACCGAUAUGUUAGAAACUAAAGAUGCUCUGGUGAGGGCGUCAGACCUGCCACUUUCAGUUCUUAUUGUAGGAGUUGGCAAUGCAGAUUUUACACAGAUGGAGAUCCUUGAUGCUGAUAAUGGACAUCGAUUAGAGAGUUCCACAGGAAGGGUAGCUACACGAGACAUUGUUCAAUUUGUUCCAAUGCAAGAAGUACAUAGCGGGCAAAUUUCUGUUGUUCAAGCUCUUCUAGAGGAGCUACCUGGGCAGUUUCUUACAUACAUGCGUUGUAGGGAUAUUAGACCUCAUAACAUUUCUGCUCCCCAAACAUCUGCUCCAGGACCGUCCUAUGUGGUUUGAGUAGGAAGAAGAGCUUCAGAAACCGUCAAAAUCUUAAAAUGAUUGCAGUAGAAAAAGAGUGUCUGCUUGGAAGAAUGAAGUCUGACUUUAUCUUGCUUCAGAACUAGUGUUGCACAUUCCAUUUAUACUGGUGACUGUAAAUACAUAUCAUUGUGAUAAUAGCGAAUUUAGCUCUUAGGGAUCAGUUGAUGAUUGAUUUACUUUUGUAUACGCCUAUUGUGAACACAAUCAAGUACUCAAUCAGUGAAAGGGUUUGGGAUGAAUUUCUG